CUCCAAAUAUCGUCCCCGCGCAAAACUAUACCAUGUGUAAAACAUAAACUGACACAGUUGAUCUCGUUAGUCUUUCAAAAUAAAACAUGUUCACCCUUAAGCUCUAAAAGCGUUACGCUGUAAACACCGAUCGUUAGAAAUCCACAUUAAAGGUUAGCUAACCUUGGCGUUAGCAAACGAGCUCCAGGGAUGGCGGAGGUUCCUGGGACGUCAAGUGAGACGAUAACGGAGACCGUUCCAACCAGCACACCGCCACCGCCUCAGCAGGAGGGACGGAGUUUGACAAUCAAGCUUAGGAAGAGGAAAACUGAGAAAAAAGUGGAAUGGUCAAGUGACACAGUUGACAAUGAGCACCUGGGGAGGAGGUCAUCAAAAUGCUGCUGUAUUUAUGAGAAGCCUCGACAGUUUGGUGAGUCAUCCUCUGAAAGCGAGGGAGAUGACGACGAUGAAGGGUGUGGCAGUGCGCACUGCAUCCUGGGCCAUGGACGGAGGGAUCAUGGACAGAGGGAAGGCAGGGGACCCACUGCGCCCCCUAAAUCUGGAAGGUCACAUGCUCAUUAGGAGAAGACAAGAGGUGAAGUUGCAAGUUUUGUGCUCGUGUCCCGGAUCUGAGAGAAUUCACUUCAAUAAACAUCGCAACAUGUUCUGUGUGUCACACAUUUAUUUCAUUCUAACAUUUUCUGUUUUAUAUAUGGCCCCCCACCUCCAAUAUGUACAUUGGUAUUUUCCUCGUAAUGCACAUUUCUGUAAAUACAAUUAAAUGUAAUGAGAUCCAACUGAAUGUGAAUUAAAGUUUUGAAUGGUGA